AAAGCUUUUCUUUUUCCCUUCCUUUCACCCUUUUCAAAAAGCAAGCUUUCAUCUUUCUCUCUAUCUGUGUGAUACAUGCUUAUUCUCUCUCUCUCUCUCUCGUAAAGCAUUGAUCUGACUGUGACCACUACUUGAAUAACCAAAUUGGAGCAACCCCUUUGCAUCUGAUCCUUCAACCACAAGCCUAGCUACCCAUUUUUCAUCUUCUCAUGAUCUGUUUGUCCUUUUUUUGCUAGCCUUUUCCUUAUUGUCUUCAACUCAAAAUAAAAAAAAAAGAGUAAAAAGAAGGAAGAUUAGGGUUUAGUUUCAUUGUAAAAAGCUCUCAGAAUAUGCUUUGACUUCAAUAAGCCUAAUGGAGGUAAUUGGUUGUGAAAAAUGACGAGGGUGACCCGUGAUUUUGGUGAUACAAUGCAAAAAGAGGCAGUGCCUGCAGUAUCUUCUGAUGUUGUAUUUGCUUCUAGUCGGUUUCCUAAUUACAGAAUUGGAGCUAACAAUCAGAUAAUGGAGACAAAUGAUGACCCUAAAGUACUAUCUAUGAAGGAGGUUGUUGCACGUGAGACUGCACAGCUGUUGGAACAGCAAAAUCGUCUCUCGGUUCGUGACCUUGCCAGCAAAUUUGAGAAGGGCUUGGCCGCGGCUGCUAAGUUGUCUGAAGAGGCUAGGCUUAGAGAGGCAGCAUCGUUGGAAAAACAUGUUCUUUUGAAGAAGCUUAGAGAUGCGCUUGAAUCCUUGAGAGGGCGUGUGGCAGGUAGAAACAAGGAUGAUGUGGAGGAAGCUAUUGCUAUGGUUGAAGCUCUAGCAGUUCAGUUGACACAGAGGGAAGGGGAACUAAUACUAGAGAAGGCAGAGGUUAAGAAGCUUGCAAAUUUUCUUAAGCAGGCUUCUGAAGAUGCUAAGAAACUUGUUGACGAGGAAAGAGCUUUUGCACGUGCUGAAAUAGAUGAUGCCAGAGCAGCAGUUCAGAGAGUGGAAGAGGCACUUCAGGAACAUGAGAGAAUGUCUCAAGCUUCAGGGAAACAGGACCUGGAACAAUUAAUGAAGGAGGUUCAAGAGGCUCGAAGAAUUAAAAUGCUGCAUCAGCCAAGCAAGGUCAUGGAUAUGGAACAUGAACUUCAAGCAUUGAGGGGUCAACUUGCAGAAAAGACUAGACAAUAUCUCCGAAUUCAAAAGGAGCUAGCAAGGACAAAAAAAGGUGGGGAGAGUGUUCCACAUCUAUAUGAGCUUGAAGGGAAUGAAACGUUAGGUUCUUAUUUGCAAAUUCAACCUUGCUCUGAUAAUGUCCCUGAAAUUUCAAAAUGUUCAAUUCAGUGGUAUCGUGUAUCAUCUGACGGUGCCAAAAAAGAACUUAUCUCAGGAGCAACCAAAUUCAUUUAUGCCCCCGAACCUUUUGAUGUUGGGCGCAUAUUGCAAGUUGAUAUUAUUUUAGAGAGCCAGCACAUCACACUUUCAACCUCUGGUCCAAUAGAACCAGCUGCUGGUUUAGGAACCUAUGUAGAGGCACUUGUGCGCAAACAUGACACUGAAUUCAACGUGGUUGUAACUCAGAUGAAUGGUUCACAUCAUCCAACUGAAUCUAUUCAUGUGCUUCAUGUUGGAAAGAUGAGAAUAAAACUCUGUAAAGGAAAGGCAACAAUUGCCAAAGAAUACUAUUCAAGUUCAAUGCAGCUUUGUGGAGUUCGAGGAGGUGGAAAUGCGGCAGCGCAGGCACUAUUUUGGCAGCCAAAGCAAGGGCAUUCUUUUAUAUUAGCUUUUGAAUCAGAGAGAGAAAGGAAUGCAGCCAUCAUGCUUGCAAGAAGAUUUGCAUUUGACUGUAAUAUCAUGCUUGCUGGACCAGAUGAUAGAGCUCCUUUAGGGACAUGAUAAGCCUUCGUACAUCUUUUUUUUUUUUUUUUCUUUCUCCACUGUAAUUAUAUGAAUUUUUCUACCUUGUAUUAUAGGUGUAUCUUAACAGUAAAAUUUGCCUUAUUAUAUUGGUGAUGAUUCAUGCCUUUGGGGGGGGAUUGAAUCAUUCAUAUAAUUUUGUUUCAACAGCACCAAGGCAUUUUUUUAUUUGCCUUUGUGAGACAUAAGUUUUAGAGGUUAAAUUAUAGAAUCCUUGGCUGCCAUAUCCAGUGUAUGAGGUGCUAAUUAGUUGUAUUUGAUAAAAAAGAAACUACUGAUUGCAUUUGUCUAUGGACACUGGCCUCGUGGGCAUGAAAUAUGUGAAUCUUCCUCAUUAUGUAAUAUAAAAGAAUCCAAUGU